AUGGACGGUGGCAGCAGCGGCGGCGGCGACUGGGUAUGGCUGCACCGGCCUACCGAGGCGGAGGCCGUGGCCGCAGCUUCAGCCGCACGGCGGAAAUGGUCGGCUGCUGUGACAGAGGUGGAGGAGGAGCGGCCGUUGAAGGUGGUAUUUGCGUCGCCGGCGGAGUACUUCACGGACGCGGCGCCGAUCGGGAAUGGCAGCCUCGGUGGCAUGGUCUGGGGCGGCGUCGCCACCGAAAAGCUCCAGCUUAACCAUGACACCUUGUGGACCGGUGCGCCUGGGAACUACACCGACCCGGAUGCGCCGGCUGCUCUUGCGGUGGUGAGGGGGCUCGUCGACCAAGGGCGGUUCGCCGACGCCACUGCGGCGGCCACGCGCCUAUUCGGUGGCCAAUCAGAGGUCUACCAACCUCUCGGCGAUGUAAAUCUGGACUUUGGCGCUUCCGAUCAGGCGUAUGAUUCCUACAAAAGGGAGCUUGAUUUACAUACUGCAACCGUGGUCGUCACCUACAACAUUGGGGCGGUGCAGUACACGAGGGAGCACUUCUGCUCAAACCCGCAUCAAGUCAUCGUCACCAGGAUCUCUGCAAGCAAACCAGGGCAGAUCUCCUGCACAUUGUCCUUGAGCAGCCAGUUAAACCAUAACGUCACUAUGACUAAUGCGAAUGAGAUGGUCAUGGAAGGUAUCUGCCCAGGACAGAGGCCUGGGCUGAGAAAAGGUGACUCCAAUGCUGUCACAGGAAUUAAGUUUGCGGCCGUUCUUGGUUUGCAGAUGGGCGAGAGCACCGCAAAAGCAGCGGUUCUGAAUGAUCAGAAGUUGUUGAGACUUGACAAUGCAGAUUGGGUUGUUAUAGUUGUUGCGGCUUCUUCCUCAUUUAGUGGUCCAUUUGUCAAUCCUUCAGACUCUAAAUUGGAACCCACAUCCAUAGCUCUGAAUACACUGAACAUCACUAGAAACUUAACAUUUGAUCAACUGAAAGCAGCCCAUUUGGAUGAUUAUCAGCGCCUCUUUUACCGUGUUACCUUGCAACUUUCACGAGGAUUGAAGGACGACGCAUGCGGUUUGAUGACUGAAAAAGAAAGACCAGAAGAAGUUGGUGAAGCCAUCAGAACAUCAGCAGACAGGGUGGAGAGUUUUAGUGCUGAUGAGGAUCCAUCUCUGGUUGAAUUGCUAUUCCAGUAUGGACGUUAUCUCCUCAUUUCCUGCUCCAGGCCAGGGACUCAGGUUUCAAAUCUGCAAGGAAUAUGGAGCCAAGAUGUAGCACCUGCAUGGGAUGCAGUACCUCACCUGAACAUAAAUCUACAGAUGAAUUACUGGCCAGCGCUUCCUUGCAACCUUAGUGAAUGCCAGGAACCAUUAUUCGACUUCCUUGCGUCUCUUGCAGUUAAUGGCAGUAAAACAGCAAAAGUCAAUUACGAAGCAAGUGGAUGGGUAACACAUCAUGUCUCGGAUAUAUGGGCAAAAUCAUCAGCCUUUAUUAAGAAUCCUAAGCAUGCAGUGUGGCCAAUGGGAGGUGCAUGGCUUUGCACACAUCUGUGGGAGCACUACCAAUUUUCAUUGGACAAAGACUUCUUGGAGAACAGUGCAUAUCCAUUGCUAGAAGGUUGUGCCACCUUUCUGGUUGACUGGUUGAUCGAAGGGCCUGGAGGAUAUCUGGAAACCAAUCCGUCAACAUCUCCAGAGCAUGCUUUCGUAGCUCCUGAUGGUCAGCCAGCGAGCGUGAGCUACUCAACAACAAUGGACAUCUCAAUCAUAAGGGAGGUUUUUUCGGCUGUCCUUCUGUCUGCAGAGGUCUUGGGGAAGUCCAAUACUGUUUUGGCUGAGAGGAUCAAGAAAGCACUACCAAGGCUUCCUCCCAUACAGAUUGCAAGAGACCGUACUAUUAUGGAGUGGGCACUAGAUUUCCAGGACCCAGAAGUCCGUCAUAGGCACUUGUCGCAUCUCUUUGGACUUUACCCAGGACAUACUAUAACUAUGGAGAAAAGCCCUGAUGUUUGUGAAGCUGUUGCCAAUAGCCUUUAUAAAAGAGGUGAAGAUGGCCCAGGAUGGUCGACCACAUGGAAGAUGGCCCUGUGGGCGCGUCUUUUGAACAGCGAGAAUGCAUACAGAAUGGUCCUAAAAUUGAUCACUUUGGUUCCUCCUGGUGGGAAAGUUAACUUCGAAGGAGGACUGUAUAGCAAUCUGUGGACAGCGCACCCACCGUUCCAGAUCGAUGCAAAUUUUGGAUUCACGGCGGCCAUUGCUGAGAUGCUUGUUCAGAGCACACAGAAUGAUCUCUACUUGCUCCCUGCUCUGCCACGCGGUAAAUGGCCCAGAGGCUGUGUCAAAGGGCUGAGAGCUCGGGGUGAUGUAACUGUCAACAUAUGCUGGGAUGAAGGGGAGCUUCAAGAGGCAAUGUUAUGGUCAAAUAAUCAAAAUUCAGUUACAAGGCUGCACUACGGCGAAUGUGUUACCAAUGUCAUAGUUUGCUGUGGUAGUGUUUACAAGUUCAACAGGGGAUUACAGUGCCUGGAGGCAUGGCCCCUUGGCAAAUAACUAUCAGAUGCAUUUUCAUAGGGAGGGUCAACCGAUCAGCCAUUUCAGUCUGUUUAGUUUUUCUGAACAUGUGUUAUAUAGAGCCAUAUGAGUGACGU